AUGGAGGCGUGCUCGCGUGAGGAGAGCACGGGGGCUACAGCGAUGGAAGACUUCCCCCCCGGAGAGAGGGGGAGAGACGCAGCUCAGAGUGAUCCCCCAUCCAUCGCUCUGUGUCCCCCUGAGCACCAGUGCACAGUGGAUCAUUCUGAGGAGGGGCUCCUCUCUGAGGGAAGGCUGUGUGACAGCUGCAGCAGCCUGGGAAGGCCCUCCUCCUCCUGCAAGCUUUACCACCAGGUCCCACAGAUGUCCCAUUUGGAACCUUUCGACUCUCCUUUACCCAGGACAUGCCCUCACUCCAGCCAAGCGGGCACCUGCAACAGCUGCCCCAGAGGUUCCAGGGGAAACCGUGAGAAGAGGGGGGGUCAGAGUUUCAGCUCUGCCCAGUCCUCAUGUUCUGGACCAGUCCGCUGCCACUGGCUACAUAGUUCAGUUGACAGUGGACCGCACAAAACAAAACAGGCACUGACUGUCAGGUAUCACUGUUUUUACUCUGUAUAUAGUCAGUUGCUGGUUGAGCACCCAUUAGGUUUGCUGCUGGGUUGUGCUCUGCUACUCUUGGGCUUUUCUGGAGCAGCACUUCUGAUAGGCCCAUUACCAGAUUUCUCCAACCCUCUAAUGGGCUUCGAGCCACGGGGGACAUAUAUCAACCUGCGUGAGUCCAGUUUGCAACAGCUAUUGCAGAACACAGGCCCUGGCAGGACUCUGUCUUUGCUGCCACAGGCACUCAGUCCAAGAGUGGGAGGAGAUGUCAGUCAGAACAGCAGCAGAGUGCGUGCCAGAAGGAUGUUGGCCAGACACUCCACUCCAGACUCCUUCCUCUGUGAUGCUCCAGGUGAGCAUCUGGCCCAGCUUGUGUUCAGAUCUGAAAAUGCAGCCAGUCUGUGGAGCCUGAAGACCAUCCAAUCCAUGUGUGAGAUGGAGCAGUCCAGGAUCCGGUCCCAGGCACACUUUCAGGAUGUUUGCCAGCGUCCCCUGAGAAGCGAGCCUGGGCUGAGCAGCGGCUGUUGCCCCAGCUGGUCCCUAGGAAACUACUUAGCUGUGCUCACAAAUGCAUCCCGCUGUCUCAGCCUCACUUCACACCAGGUUUCAGAGUCUCUGAGCCUGCUGCGUAAAUGUGCUCCAUACUAUCAUGAAGGACAUCUUGUGGAGGCCUGUGUGGACAGACCCAAACAUGGUGGCUGUGCUUUUGUUCCCAGCCGUUGUAAACAGUCCCGUGUGGUGUUCCAGAUACUGCACUUUCUGGUGGAUAAGGACUUUCUUGGUCCUCAGACAAUGGCAUACCAAAUCCCUACCUUAAAGUACAGCCUCUUAUUCCUCCCAGUGCAGAAAGGAGAACAAAUGAUGGAGAUCUACAUGAAUACUUUGGAAGGACGAGAUCUGUCUUACAAUAACACCACGAUCACUGGCAUGGACUUUGGCAUCAAGCAGAGCCUUUUUAGACUUUACCUUUUGAGGGAUUGUGUUUACCCUGUCCUAGCUGUCUUGUCCCUCCUUUUCUCCAUGGCCAUCUAUCUACAGUCACCAUUCGUUGUAAUGUUAUCGGUAUUAGCCAUUGCUGGCUCCCUCCUCACAUCGUACUUCUUGUACAAAGUCGUUUACCGUCUGACUUUCUUUCCUCUAGUGAACUUUACUGCAGCCAUUAUUCUCAUAGGGAGCUGUUCAAAUCGUUUUAUAUUUGCAGAUUUUUGGAACCUAUUGCUCUCCCAGAGACCUUGUAUCUCUCUAGAGAAGAGAGUCAACAGAAUUCUGCAUGAAGUUUGUUAUCUAAUUAUAGCCUCAGGACUGACCUCUAGUGCAGCGUUUUUCUCUGGUUUUCUAAGCAGCCUUCCAGCUAUUCAAUGUUUUGCCAUUUACUUGGGCACAGCCUCCUGUAUCAGUUCACUCCUAGCAUUAGUGUGGCUGCCGUGUUCUUUCAUUUUGCGUGAACACUACAUGAAUUCAUCCCCUGUCAUUGUUCAGGGAUGGAGACCUUGCUGCUCCCAAAACACCAACGGAUUCUGGGAGACAAGUUCACGUAAGAAAUGUCUGUUCAAUCUCAGUCAGAAAGCAAGAGAGAUUAAAAGAGGGCUCAGUGAUACGUCAAAUCUGUUAUUUUUGAAGAUCCUUCCAUGUGGAGUAGUGAAGUUUCGGUACAUUUGGGUAUGCUGGUUUGCUGUGCUUGCUGCUGGGGGCACAUACAUGGCCUGUGUGGAGCCAGGCAUGAAGCUGCCUACUUUGGAGAGCAAAGUUACUCAACUGUUCCGCUCCAGUCACCCAUUUGAGAGGUAUGAUGCAGAGUAUCGCCACAUGUUUAUGUUUGAGCGCCAGAGAAAUGGGGAAGACAUGCCUCUUAGCCUACAAUUAGUUUGGGGGGUGAAAGCCACUGAUAACGGAGACCAUUUCAACCCACACAGCAACAACUCUUUAGUCCUGGACCCAGAGUUUAACAUGAGCAGCCCUGACUCCCAGGUUUGGUUGAAGGAUCUGUGUGCACAUGUUCAGAAUCAAAGCUUUUAUUUGCCGCCAUCUCCUGAAGAUAAAGGCAUGGUAGAAAACAUAUGCCUGGUAGAGCAGUUAGUAGAGUGGGUCUCAAUGCGGCGUUGCUCAGAAGCCAAUGACCUGUGCUGUGCCAACCAGACCUUCCCCUUCCAUCCUGCUGUAUUUGAGCGGUGUCUGAGUCUGCUGCUGGCAGAGCGCUACAGCCAGGGACGCCUAGCUCAUGCUGGAGGAGUGUAUUUCCACACAGAUGGACAAAUCGCUGCCCUUGUUUUAGCAUUCAGAACCACAUACCUCUACAGCUUUAAUUACACCACCACCAGUGUUUACUACGGACAAAUCCUUGCAUGGUUUAAUAGGGAGAAAUCUGGUGCUCCCCCAGGCCUCGGUCGUGGAUGGUUCGUAAGCCAGCUUUCUCUGUUGGAUUUGCAGCAGUCCCUGGGCUCAGAGACAUUGCUGGUAUCAGGUUUUUCUGUGGCCCUGACAUUUGCCUUCCUUCUGGUUAGUACCUGGAAUAUUCCUUUGAGUCUGUAUGGCAUGGUGGCAGUUGGUGGCACUGUCUUUGUCACUAUAGGCCUCUUGGUUCUGCUUGAGUGGCAACUGAGUGGCAUCGAGGCCCUCUUUAUAUCCUGUGCUGCGGGGUUGGCUGUCGACUUCAUAGCUAACUACUGCAUAUCCUACAGCCUAGCUCCACACUCAGAUAAAAUUGGGAAGGUGGUGCAUGCCACUAAAAGGAUGGGCUGUCCUGUUGCAGUAGUUUCUGGGGCUUUCUUUUGUAUGGGGAUUAUUAUGUUACCAUCAACUGCUUUACUGUUUAGAAAGUUAGGUAUUUUUUUGUUUUUGGUGAAAUGUGUGGCCUGUGGAUUUGCUACGUUCUUUUUUCAGUCUCUAUGCUGUUUUUUUGGACCCCAGCAUAACUGUGGCAGGAUCAUGUUUCCUUGUUACAUGGAACAGACUGAAUCUUGUGUGACGGUAAACACCAGCUCCUCAUCUGCGGCUAAUGGAGCUUUUGACAAAAACAGAGUGAGGAGGAGUUAUGACCACCAGGAUGGAGGGGGCUAUCUGUACCCCAACCACCAUCGUCCGCAGAGACAGAAGCUCACUGUUGGUUCUGGUCAGGGACAUGAGCAGUAUGAGCUGCAACCUCUAGCCUAUAGACUCAGUGACAGCUUUGAAAAUAGUACUUGUACCAGCAAAUUGUCCAAUAGACCUUCUGUCCUCUCAGAUGAGAUCCAGUUUUGUAGCAAAGAAGACAUGUGCAUUCAUCAACACAAAAUGUGUCCUACGCCUCCAGCCUUGCAAACAUCCUCUCCUUACAAAGAGACCAGCAUGCAACCUAACCAGUUGCAUCAAGACAAACUGCUGUGCACUGACUGCAGGGGUCACUGCAGUGGCCUUAAACACUGGAGUAACACACCCUUCUCCUCCUCUUCCAGCCUUGAGGAAACUACAGCCACUCACACUCUAGAGACAAUUGACCAUCUGUCUGUGUGCAAAGACGAGGCCAGAGCACAUAACAAACCACUGUGGACCCUGUCACAGAGCUCAUAUGAGGGCCUGGAGGACUCCAAUGACACCUGUCUGAGCAUUAUAGAAGCACAGGCCUCCACAUCACUGCAAUCCACGGAAGAGGAGCAGCAGCCACCUGGACACUUAAAUGAAAAAAGGGAUACUCUUCGUUUGUCUCUGAAAGACACACCUUAUGAGAGCGAAAACAGAGGCAAGAGCAGUGAAGUGGUCAUUUUACCCAACAGUAAACCAGACUUACCAGACGUGUGGAUUAAGAGACGAGGAGAGCAGGAUGACAGCUGCUGA